AGCAAGCGGAACUACUACUUCAAGGUCUCAGAGCAAGUGACGUCACUGAUUGAAACGCUAUUUAGCGCGAACACCGCUAACUAGCUAGGCAUUUCACAUCCGUGACACUUGCAUGGAUGUGUACUGGUUAAACCCCCAGAGUAGAAUGCACACAUUGUACCAUGACUAUGUAUGAUAUAUUUUUUUUGGGGGGGGGUAGUCAUGUAAUUGUUUUAGGGGUUCCUCAUGGAGCUGUGCAACCUUUCAGCGAUGAGGAUGCCUCCAUCGAGACCCUCAGCCACUGCAGCAGCUUCAGUGAUGCCAUGAGUGUGGCAGACGAAGGAGGGGAAGCAGGUGAGGAGACAGCCCAGGAGGAUUUACAGUACAAGCUGAAUGUUUUCAUUGACAGCACUGUGGAUAAGAGUGCCAAGACCAGACAAGGAGCUCUGGAUGGGCUGAAGGCUGCCAUGGCAACUAGGAUCCUGUACGAGUUCAUUUCAGACAGGAGGAUGACCAUCACCGACAGCAUUGAGCGCUGUCUCAAGAAAGGUAAAGGACAGGAGCAGUGUGCAGCAGCCUCCCUGGCCUGUCUGCUGUGUAUUCAGCUGGGCUCAGGCGUUGAGAGCGAGGAGGUGUUCAAGACCCUCAAACCCAUUUUCAAGAACAUUCUGUUGGAUGGAGCGGCCAACAUCCAAACCAGACAAGCGUGCGCAACAAGUUUGGGCCUGUGCACUCUCGUGGUGGAAGAUGACAUCCUGGAUGUGUAUGCCACCAUGGAGAGCUUUGAGAGUUUGUUUAUGCGUUCCUAUGUGAAGGAGGAUGGGAGUCGCCCCUCUCUCAACCCCCAGACCACCCUGCUCCACACCAAUGCCCUCAUCUCCUGGGCCCUGCUGCUCACAAUCUGCACAGGCAGCCAGGUCAAAGCAGUCACACGCAAGCACCUGCCCAAACUACCCCGGUUGUUGGAGAAUGAUGAUGUCAACAUGAGGAUAGCAGCGGGAGAGACCAUCGCUCUGCUGUUUGAGCUGGCUAGGGAUAUGGACCCUGUAAGUGCUCACCUGCGUUUGGGGUAUGAUGACUGGGAGCCCCUGUGUGACAAGCUGAACUCUCUGGCCACCGACUGCAACAAACACCGUGCCAAGACUGUCAAGAGGAAGCAGAGGUCUGUGUUCAGGGAUGUGCUCAAGGCUGUGGAGGAGAGGGACUUUCAGACUGAGACAAUUCGUUUCAGCACUGAGCGUAUGACCAUCGACAGCUGGGUGAGGAAGAGGACAUACGAUGCCUUCAGGGAGUUUGUGGGCUCUGGUAUGAAUUACCACCUACAGGCCAAUGAGUUUAUUCGUGGUGUGUUUGAACUGGGACCACCCGUGCUGGUUGACACGGCCACACUGAAGUCCAUGAAAAUCUCCCGCUUCGAAAGGCAUCUCUACAACGCAGCUGCGUUCAAGGCUCGGACAAAGGCCAGGAACAAGUUCAGAGACAAGAGGGUUGACGUCGGGGAGUUUUAAUGGGUCCAACCUGCUCUUUUUAUUAACAAUCUUGAAUAUCACUGUUACUAUCCUUAAUUUAUUCAAUGGUCAAGUGGUUGGUAUUUGUAAAUAUGAGUAAUCAUGUCUGUCUCAAGUGAUGCCUUUAAUUCCCCAUAUAAACUUGCCAGUGCACCAAUUGUACCAUUGAUGUAUUAUUUGAAAAUGCACUAAUUGGUUAACAUUUCCUAUGGACCCCCUGAAUCCUGACGUAUUUUGUUAUACACUGUGUAUACCAAACAUUAGCAACCCCUUGCUAAUAUUGAGUCACCCCCUUGCCCUCAGAGCCUCAAUUUGUCGGGGCAUGGACUAUAAGGUGUCGGGUGUUCCACAGGGAUGCUGGCUCAUGUUGACUCCAAUGCUUACCACAGUUGUCAAGUUGGUUGGUGGCCCAUUCCUGAUACACAUUUGGGGGGGGAACGGUGUGUAAAACCCAGCAGUGUUGCAUUUCUUGACACAAACCGGCGUGCCUGGCACCACCUGCCAUACCCUGUUCAAAGGCAUUUAAAUCGGUCUUGCCCUCUGAAUGGCACACAUACACAAUCCACAUCUCAAGGCUUACAAAUCAUUCUUUAACCCCUCUCCUUCAUCUACACUGAUUUGAAGUAGAUUUAACAAGUGCCAUCAAUAAGUUAUCGCUUUCACCUGGUCAGUCUGUCAUGUAAAGAUUGUGUUAAUGUUUUGUACACUCACUGUAUUUUAGUAGGUCUAUUGGGGAAGUGAGAAACCCAAAUAAAUACUUAUGGACCAGUCUCAAUGUG